AUGGCCACGUCCAUCGAUCUCUUUCGUGGGUGGCCUAACCCCGCUCUCCUGCCAGUUCAGUCGAUCGCCAAAGCGAGUUCCAUUGCCUUGUCGACGCCAUCCAUCUUUCAGCCAGGCUUGCAAUAUGGACCGGAUGAAGGCUACGGUCCGCUCCGUCAGCACCUUGCCGACUGGCUUACCUCGUUCUACCGCCCGAAGGAGCCCAUCUCAGAAGCCCGGAUCUGCGUUACUGGCGGGGCCAGCCAGAACCUCGCGUGCGUACUGCAGGUCUUUACUGAUGCUGCGUACACGCGGAAUAUCUGGGUGGUUGCGCCGACCUACUACCUCGCCUGUCGCAUUUUCCACGACGCUGGGUUCAUGAACCGUCUACGAGGUGUGCCCGAGGACACCGAGGGGAUCGACAUUGGUUUUUUAGAGAAAGGGCUACAGGAAGCUGAAGCAAAAGCCAAUGCAGAAGGAAACACACAACCGCGCUACAAGCUACCGCGACCGUGGAGCAAAAUUUAUAAACAUGUCUUCUACCUGACGUCAACGUUUGCGAACCCGUCGAUGAAAGUGGUCUCGGUCCGUCGUCGCGAACAACUGAUAAGACUAGCCCGGCGAUACGAUGUACUCGUCAUUUCCGACGAUGUUUACGAUUUUCUCCAGUGGCCGUCGGAUAUGAGCGCAACGAUUUCGCCGAGUGACAAAGCUGCAGUCCCCAGACUGGUUGACAUUGAUCGAUACCUCGAUGGCGGUCCGGUUGAUGAUUUUGGGAAUUCAAUGAGCAAUGGCAGCUUUAGCAAGUUGGUCGGACCGGGUGUGCGUACCGGCUGGGCCGAAGGGACAUAUAAGUUUGCCUAUGGACUGUCGCAAGCGGGAUCAUCACGGUCUGGAGGAGCUCCCUCCCAGUUGACGGCCACAUUUGUUGACCAACUCGUCUCGACCGGAACUCUACAACGGCACAUUUCAUCUGAGCUCAUUCCGACCUACCAGGCACGAUACAGAGAGGUUAUGAGUGCUAUUAGCGCUCAUCUUGUUCCAUUAGGCUUCAGUGUGCCAGCAAGCGCCCAGCCUAUCGUUGGUGGAUUCUUCAUUUGGCUUGACCUGCCGGCGGGGCUCACGAGCAGUGUCUUGGCUGACAGAGCAGCGGCAGAGGAGAACGUUAAAAUUGGCAGUGGCACGUUGUUCCAGGUCGAAGGAGACUGUACCGAGGGCCGCCAGGAUUUUGAAGACGGCAUUCGACUGUCGUUUGGCUGGGAGGAGUUUGGCCUUCUUUCUGAGGGAGUGGAGCGUUUGGGUAAGGCAGCUCGCCGUAUAUUGAAUACGAGGUAA